AUGAACUUGGUCCACAGACACAGGCUACAAUUAGUUGGAUUUGUGUUGUCUGUACUAGGAUGGAUUUUAACUGGUACCUGUAACUAUUUACCAGACUGGAAAAAUCUCAACUUAGACUUAAACAUAUUGGAGCUUUGGACCAUGGGACUCUGGCAAACCUGUAUCGUCCAAGAUGUAGGAGGAACACAGUGUAAAGAUUUCGAUUCCUUCCUAGCUUUGCCUCUAGAAUUCAAGAUUUCCAGGAUUUUAGUAUCUACAUCAAAUGGACUAGGACUUCUGAGCCUUGUGAUCUCUAGUCUUGGUUUGGACUGCCUAAAGAUGGAGGAUACAGAGCAGAAGCUAAAGAAACAGCUGUUACUACUUGGAGGAAUACUCCUGUGGAUGUCUGGAGUUCUGGCUUUAGUCCCUGUUUCUUGGGUUGCCCAUACGAUAAUCCAGGAAUUUUGGGAUGAAGAUAUCCCAGAGAUUGUGCCCAGAUGGGAAAUAGGGGAUGCACUGUUCAGUGGUUGGUUUGGUGGAUUUUUUACAAUUCUAGGAGGCUCUCUACUCCUCUCCACAAUCUGCUUAUCAUCUGAACGUCAAUUACCAGAGCAGUAUGCAAUGGCAGAUAUGCAAGACGCUCAUCAACAUCUGGAAACUGGAAAUAGAAGCCUUUAA